AUGUUUCACUAUCUAUUUUUGUCGUUUCUGGCCACAGUCUUGGCCCAUGGCGAUCGAGAAACCUACACGAAGAUCUGCGGAGGGAUGCGACGCGGAGUUUCGGUCUUCUACAAGGGCGUGCCGACGUCCGAGUUGUUUUCGCUAACCCUGUACGAUCAACGGAAGGGCAGUUGCGGUCGGAAGACGGACUUUAGUCGCUCUAUCCGGCCGUUUUACGCAGCUCAUAUCGGUCGGUUCCCGAUGGACUUGCGCAAAAAUAACUCGAUUUUUCUGGCCUAUGGAGGCCCUGAGGGUCGGCGGUUCGCGAAGUCGAGCUAUUUUGAUCAGCCCGAACCGAGGGAUGAUCGGAAGUUUACGAUCGAGAUUCGGAUGGUAAAUGAUACAUGCGCACGUUACUACGUGGACAAGAAUGAAGUGGGCGAUGUUUGGUAAGAUUUUUUUGGUGAACUAUUACAUAUCUUACGUUAUCCCUUUACGUUGACGAGGGAAGGGCUCCAAGUGAGACGCUCAAUUUUUUUUUGAAAUUUCCUAGACUCGCCGAGCAUAGGCUCCGUAUCUAUUUCUGAAAAUUUUAGCUUGCUCGUUGUAGCGGCAGUCGACAUAUUCAGCCAUCUUUGACGAGUGAGUAAGCAGAAUGUGGAGACCGCCUAAAGAAAAAAACAAUUUUGUCCGUAUCUCUGUAGAAAUAAGGAUGAGAAGUUUUAUACCAAAAUUCGAAGAAAAGCUUUACAUUUUGGCCAAAUUUUGAUUUUAAAACUCGAUCAUUUUCCGCAAAGAGCAAGCUUGAAGUCUCGCCUGUAGUCUUGUUACUGUUGACAUCAAUUUUUUGAGAGUUUCUUUCAGUAACCGCUACUUCCGCGAUGCGAAUUGCCUGGUGUCAAGCAAUGGUGUAGACAUCCGUCGUCAUUGGGUGAAAGGAGAUCCGGGCUGCUCUCAAGAAGCCGAUGACAAUUCAUACUCCAGAAGUGAUGGUAGGAAUUAACCACAUCAUUGUUUUUUUAAAAUUUUGUUCUUCGAUAUUAAACUUGCAUAACCACUGCAAAAAAAGUUCUUGUUUUCUCUUUUAGACAACAGCAGAUAUGACGAUGAUGACGAUGACGAUAGUGAUGAUCGCUCGGACAGUUCACGUGGAAGGAGAAGAGGCCGACGUUCGGCGAGGUCAGGCAGAUCGAGAUCCGGAAGACGCGAUCGAAGAAGACUUGACAGUUUGGAGCGGAAGAUCAGACGCAUUGCAAGGGAAGAAGUGAGAAAUUCAAAAAGUUUAAAAAAGCGUGCUGGCAGAAGAGGCGAUUCUGACGAGGAUUCACGGGAGCCUAGAAUCAUAAGAAGACGAAGAAAUUGAAAAUUAAUCUGCUUUAUUUGAUUUGAUGAUAAUAAAGACAUUUUUUGUUUUUAACAGUCGUCAUAUCAGUCUGUCGAGAAAAUAAUCUGGCAAGAUUUUCCACUUGCCCCAUUGCAAUUUUAUACGUGUAACAUUUUUUUGCUGUUUCUUGCCGCAAAACAACAACCGUUUCAGCUAAAGCAAUGCCAAUAUUGAUGUUAUAUGUAUGCAGUAUGUAGAGCCCUUAUAAGAUUCUCAAAAACAUCUGCGUUUAAUAUUCUCCCAGACAUGCUACGCUUCUGUUUAUCAUAAUUGUCUAAUGGUUAUUUCCCUCCGCUGCGAACCCCUUAGCCUGCGAAACGAAAACGUAAUCAAACGGUUCGGUUCACCUUUCCCAACGUCAUGUGGGAACUUACAGUACUCCUUCUUUUUAGCCUUGCGUAUUGCGUCACAUCCGGGGAGUGGUACCUUAUGCCAGUAUGCGGCCGACUAGAGCCUGGGAUGAAGGUUCGCUUCUACGCGAGUGUCUUUAGAACCGAAUGGAUUAUCCAGUUGCAUGUGAACCGCGAGACGCAGUGUUACAAUGGCAAGAUGGAUUUGAAUACGGAUCGUCCAUUCCAUGUCAACCAUUACUUUGUUCAUCCCCAGAUUCCCGCGCAUAAUCGGCAAUUUGCGGUCGUGGCUGGGCCCGCAAACAGCUGGGACUUUUAUCACUGGGUUGACAUGCGGUCAGAUAUCCAACAAAAUCAGUUCAUUCAGGCCGAUGUGAUUGUUGUCAAAGGGGGGUUCGACUACUUUGCGAAUGGAAAUUACAUUGCGAGCGCUAUGUAAGUUACACAUUAGUCUUUACGGACAAUGAAGCCAAAAUUAAACAUAUAUAAAUACGAUGAUUUCAGGUCUAAUUAUGCUACCGAAAAAGUGGAUUGUGUUCUGGCAACCAUGGAUGCGAAUGUGCCAUACAAAUGGAUCGAAGGACAACCCAAUUGCCCUUAUCGAGCCAACGACACCAUCCGACCGGGCUUCGAGCCAACUACGGAAGCCCCACCAACAACAACGACUUCUAGUUCAAGCCAGAGUCCAACCGGCUCAACUCCCAGGCCAACACCUCCCCCAUAUUUUCCCCCACCCGGCUGGCCUUAUUGUAUCCCUCCUUUUUGUUAUCCAUAUAUUACUUUCCCAUGUCAUCCUAUGUGCUAUACAAAUUGUCCGGUCUAUUGUCCACCUGCAUGCUAUGUAGUCCCAGGCUAUGGCUACCAGCCUCCACCGGUAUAUCCUCCCUGUAAUUUGGCCAACCUCCCGACCUGUCUUCCUUAUUAUGGUGUACCUCCUUAUGAGGCAGUCCCAGCGGCAUAUGUCGCACCACAAUGCCACUAUCUUCCGGGAAUUUGGCCAUGGAUAGUGAAUUGGCCACCCUAUCCGCAAACAACGCAGAAUCCAUUUUCAACUCCGUCAUUUCCGACUUCCACAGCCAGCACUGGUACUUGGCCCCCAACUCAGUCAACCCAAUCCACAGCUAGCACUGGUACUUGCCCAACAACGCAAUCAACUCAAUCAACCGCAAGCACAGGAACUUGGCCGCCAACUCAGUCAACAGCCUCCACUGUCUCGACUGCGUCUACCCAGUUCACUCAAAGCACCGCAAGCACACAAUCAACCCUCAGCACGGCUUCUACGCCAAGUUCCCCAACAACUUCUCCAACUUCGAGCCCGACGCAGUCCACAUCAACAUCGCCAACCCCCACGACAACCUUAACACUUCCUCCUGGUUAUUCAAUGUGCCCAUUUCCGCCGCUUCACGGUACUAUUUUGCAUGAAGGAGAGGUGUAUCCCGGCUGCACAGAUCAGAACGGAAAUUUGGUUGCAUUGCAGUGUGUGGGAGCGUACAAAGGCACUGUGCAAGUUGGCCAAAUCAUACCCACUGGGUGCUUAUGGGAACAGAAAAAAUAAAAGUCAAGGAUGGUUGUAAUAAAUUUUAUCUUAUGGUUGACUAAAUUUGUAUGAAAAAAUGCUUGUGGCUGAUUUUUUACAGACCGGCCACAUAUUGAUUGCUUAUUAGUCAUCGAGCCAUGCAGCCGUCAUGUCUGAUGACAUUUGGGAGCCAGAAAACACCGCAGUCUUAAAAACUCUACUUAUUAAGGUAGACCGGUUGGGCUAUAAAAUCUGGAUGAAAUAAUCGUGGAAUUCUUAGAUUUUCUAUCUCUGGCGUCCAACUUAUUAUCAGACUUUUGAAUUACCGCAAGUGCGAGGGUCAGGUUUUCUCUCGAUUACCGCAUGGAGAGCCGAGAUAUUCAACAAUUUUUGCGGCCGCGGAAAGCGGUCACAGAGAGAAACACAUUUGGCCAUAGCUUUUUUCAGAGUAGACUUUCCGUGGAAUUUGAAAUUGGCAUGAAACUUAUCAAUUCGCAAAAGGUUGUCAUUUUUUGUCAGUUUUGACCCAAAAGCCUUGUUCGUUUCUGCAAAGCGCAAAAUAUGUAGCGGUCUCGUAUAUGGCUAAUAAGCAAUUUGAGGGAGAAUCCUUAAAUUUUCAACCUCCUGCGUCCAACUGAACCCAUUAAAACGGUCUCAACAUUAUGCAUAAUAACUUGAUUAUAACCGGCAGCUAUCCAAUGAUGGCCACGUUGCGAGUUCGCAUAAACUUUAUGAAAAAUUACGCUUCAUUGUCAUUAUUAUACCAUCAUGAAUAUUGGCGUGUUUAUUUUCGCUUUCCUUUUGACACAAACUUGUAGCGCUCUCACUUACUACUUCUUGCCAGUAUGUGGUCGGCUUACGCCUGGGAUGAAAGUUCGCUUCUACACGAGCAUCGUCACUAUGCCCGCUUGGAUUAUUCAGAUCCAAGUGGGCCGAGAGACCACUUGCACUGAAGGGAUUGAUCUGAAUACCGACCGACCCUUCCAUGUCAACCACAACUUUACAGCUGGAGAGUAUGCAUUAGCCACUGGGCCAUCGGAUAGCUGGAUAUAUACACAUGUUUAUCACAUGAAUGGAGAGAUCGCGCCCAAUGUCUUCUUUCAAGCGGAUAUUCACGUUAUUGAAGGUGGAUAUCAAUAUUACAUCAAUGGGAAAUUAAUUGAUACCGUUAUGUAAGCGAGUCUGUCAUUUCAACGGCUUUGCCGAUGUCAAAAAAUGACAAAGUUUUCAAACUUUCAGGUCACCCUACUCAAAUGAAAAAGCCGAUUGCAUUAUCGGGACUCAUGAAGCGAAUGUCCCGUAUAAAUGGAUUGAAGGCCAACCAAAUUGUCCUUACAGAUCCGGCGAUACGAUUCGACCUGGAUAUUAUACAACUCCAGUUCCAACUACAAGUCUCAGCCCUACCGUAUCUACCCCUCAACCAACCCCUCCCCCAUAUUUCCCUCCACCCGGCUGGCCUUAUUGCAUUGCCCCAUAUUGUUAUCCCUAUAUUACUUUCCCAUGCCAUCCUAUGUGCUAUACAAAUUGCCCGGUCUAUUGUCCACCUGCUUGCUAUGUGGUCCCAGGAUAUGGCUAUCAACCUCCGCCUGUGUAUCCUCCCUGUAAUUUGGCCAAUCUCCCGACCUGCCUUCCUUAUUACGGUGUUGCACCGUAUAGUCCAGCCCCGGCGGGAUACGUCUGGCCGCAAUGUGAAUAUCUUCCAUGGAUUUGGCCGUGGAUAGUCAACUGGCCACCGUACGGGCAGACGACGGUUUCUCCGCCUUCCACUCCAUUUACUCCAUCUACUCCAUCUGUUACAACGUCCACACCGUCCACAUGGAGUACUCCAAGCUGGCCAACAAUUUACUGGCCAUGGUGGAUAUUUCCUUGGCAAACAACUUCGUUCUAUUGGUCCACAACCUCGUCUACUUGGCCCACGGCCUCUUCUACCUGGCCACCCUCUACGACCCCGUCAAGUUCGCUGACCCCCUCAACAUCUAG